AUGGCGCCGCGCGCGCGGCGCAUCGACGCGCCGCGCGUCGCCCGCGCGGACGCGCGCGCGACGUCGACGCUCGGCGACGCGUGCGCGUCGUGCGACGCGUGCGCGUGCGACGACUGCGGCGGAUUCAUCGUCGACGGUGGACCGGCGUACGGGCCGAAGCGCGCGCUCGGGGCGCACUUCAGAUCGGGCGCGCGCGAGUGGUUCGACACGAGCGGGAUGUGCGGGUGCGAGCGACACGCGCGCGAGGCGUGCGAGACGUGCGAGACGACGCUGCGGCUCGACGGGUUCGCGGGGGGCGGGGAUCACGCCGAGUAUAACGAGUUCGUGCGACAGUAUUUGCGCGCGGUGCGUCUGCACUGCGACGCGAAGCGUGAGAGUCGCGAGGGCGCGCGCGACGCGUACCAUCCGAGCGCGCGACGCGGGACGGCGGUGGAGUGGGCGAGGGACGGCGCUCUUUUGGGCGCGCUCGUCGUGGCGGCGAUUCACUUGAGCCUCAAGCGCGCGAAAUCGAAGCGCGGUUCCGACGCGGAGUCGUCGAGGGUGCUGCAGAUGUACGUCGCUUUACUCUGGCGUCGGCCGUUCCCUGAGACGGCGGAUCUGAUGGACGUCAUCGCGAGCGCGGUCCGGAGCGCCGACGCCGACGCCCGAGCGAAGAUUUUUGACGCCCUCGACAAGCCGCGAUCGAACGACUUGAUGGACUUUGAGGACGCCAUUGAGACGCUGAUGAGAAGUAUGCAGGCCGGCAGAGUUCUGGGCGUCCGCGACGACUUCAUAGCCGCCUUGACCGCGUUGAAGGCCGCGUUGAGCAGAAAUCUGCGGUAG